CUGAAACUGAAACGUCCCUCGAGAUACCAACCUCGUACACUCCGUGGCUCGUGCGUGUAUUUGCGAUUACAUAUGUAGACUCGUGGUAAAAUUUGGCGGCGAGUUUUUCUCGGCUCUGCGCGUUUCGUUUAAAAAAAAAAAGUCCAGGAGACGCACAAGACGCACGUUUAUCCCACGUUACAUUGCCGAGCGCGAGCAAGCGCGAGCUUUGCCCUCCCGGAGUGAGGCACCUCGGCCGACCGCGAACGUUUUCUCAUCUCUCUCCGAGGUGUCCGAUGUGAAUUCGACCCACCAGGAUGGCGGGGGUGUUCGACAUCGAGCUGCACGACGGGGAUGCCGCGAACCAGGACGAGUCGGAUGACGACGUGAUCGAGAAUAGAGAGGAGGAAUACAAUCACGCCGCGACCGUGAGCGCAAUACUAGAAUCCGAGAACCUGGAGAGAGUCCAGCUGUCCGAGCAGAAUGUUAAUCCAGGUCAGGAGAAGGCUGGUCCGCAGGACUUCGAGUUGUGCAAGAUUUUGGGCGAGGGUGGCUACGGAAAGGUCUUCCAAGUCAGAAAGGUCACUGGAAAGGACAAGGGCAGUAUCUUCGCCAUGAAAGUGCUUCGCAAGGCGUCCAUCAUACGGAACCAGAAGGAUACCGCUCAUACCAAGGCCGAGAGGAAUAUCCUGGAGGCAGUGAAACAUCCGUUUAUCGUGAACCUCAUGUACGCGUUCCAAACUGGCGGCAAGCUGUAUCUGAUCUUGGAGUAUCUGUGCGGCGGGGAGCUCUUCACGUACCUCGAUCGAGAGGGCAUCUUCCUGGAAGAUACGGCCUGCUUUUACCUAUCGGAGAUCAUACUGGCGUUGCAGCACCUUCACAAUCAGGGGAUUAUAUAUAGAGACUUGAAGCCGGAAAAUAUCCUGCUGGACGCCGAGGGUCACGUCAAGCUGACGGACUUUGGUCUCUGCAAGGAGCACAUACAGGAGGGCACGGUGACACAUACGUUCUGCGGAACGAUAGAGUACAUGGCGCCGGAGAUUCUGACCAGGAGCGGUCACGGUAAAGCUGUGGAUUGGUGGAGCUUGGGCGCUUUGAUGUUCGACAUGCUUACAGGAAUGCCGCCGUUCACCGGUGACGACAGGAGGAAAACCAUCGAGAAGAUCCUGCGGGGCAAGCUGAGUCUUCCGCAAUACCUGACGCCGGAUGCCCGGGACCUCAUCCGAAAGCUGCUGAAGAGGCAGGUCGUUCAGAGACUGGGCUCCGGCCCAGAGGACGCCGAGCAGAUCAAGAACCACAAUUUCUUCAAGCACAUCAAUUGGCAGGACGUGAUCGCCCGGAAGCUGGAUCCGCCGUUCAAGCCGUCCUUGAAGAGCGCCGACGACACGUCGCAGUUCGACGAGCAAUUCACAGCGACCGUGCCGGUAGACUCGCCGGUCGAGAGUACCCUCAGUGAAUCUGCGAACAUGAUAUUUCAGGGUUUCACCUAUGUGGCGCCGAGCGUUCUGGAGGAGAUGUACGCGCAGCCGAGAGUCGUUAACGCCAGAAGCCCGCGCAGAGGACUGUUGAACAACACGGGUUUCGGCGCGGCAGCGAGCCUACACGGCUUCUCCUCGCCCAGAACGAUGGACGUGCACCUGCGCCCGUCAUUAGACCUCCAACAGCAACAUAGGCAACACAUGAUGGGACCCAACAGCGUGGAGGACACCGAAAUGGUCGACCUUGGCCAGUUACCAAACCGCUUAUAGUGCCGCGACCCGUUGCACACGGACUAUUAGCUUUUCGAUACAAACUAGAAAACGAAAGGAACAUAGCCCAAUAAACCUGCUUGUUUCGCCGAAUCGUUUCUUCGCAUUCGUGCGCGACGACAAGCAGAUAUAUUUAGCAAAUUCAAUAUUACGUAUAGCAAGAAGUAAGCACAGUGAGUUUGGUCAGCCUCCUUGACGUUGCGGUAUUGCCUGCACAUCCGUAACGCAACUUUUUUUUUAGAGCUCUAGCGAUUUCAAGACGGCCAAACAUUCGUUUGCAAUGCGAGGGAGCGAAUAGUGUAUGUCUUUUCGCCAUGUAAAUACGUGUGGAUAAUUGAAAGCAAGUACAUUCUUAACGAAAUAUUUAACGAGCAGAAUGCAGUUCAAAUCUAAAGAUAUCGCACUAGUAACACAGAUAUCGCAAUCAUAUCGCUGAUUGUAAUGUAGUUGACUAGCGUUAGGCUGCUUCUAACAGUACACAUUGAUUCAUACAAGGUGACGAAUGCUUUAGAGAGACGUCUAAAGUCGAGAGAGAAUGCCACGAAGAAAAAUACUUUUCCUUCCUUUUUUUCUCGUUUCAAAAUCUUCGCACGAUCGAGUAUUUUUGCUUCCGGGCCGCAAUUUUUCCUGCAAUAGUUUUUCGUUUCCGGUGCUUUGGAAAAUUGCGACUGGUUCAUUUCUAGUAAGUACCUUAUCUCGGGCGGGUUGGAAUAAAUUUCUUUUUUGUUUGCCACGAAACUGAUAUCGAAACACAUGGGAGACACGCUCUAUCUCUAACACUUCAUCAUAAAAAUUCUACAUUCCGGUAUCUUGAAUUCGCACUUAUAUGAGAUAGAACGUCGGGAAUUAGAUGCAAGUAAAAAUGAGCAGGUUCACGAUUGUUUUAUUCUGUUGUUAGUAUUAAACAUUGGUUUUCUCUAUUGAAUAUAUAAUUUAUUUAACUACAUUAGAAGUCUGUCCCGAUAGAGUCGGAAGGGAAAACAGAAACUCUCCAUUGUUCCAUAUACAUAAGAAUAAGGUCCUAGUGAUUCUAUUUAGCGCAACGGCAUGUUGCAUUUUAAGAAAUGGCAUUUCUCCGAUAGAGUUAAUUACGAUUGCUAUUUAGUAUAAAAAAGAUUUUGGAAUGUUUCAAUCAUAUUAUGAAUGUAUUCUCCUUUUAACUAUAUAUAUGUAUGUAUGUGUAUAUUUAUAUACACGCAUGUACGUAUAACAUACGUAUGAGACACGAGUCUUGUUGCUAAUUAUAAUCAAAUAAUGGAUUAAUUGUACAUAUAGCUGCCAAUCCGAUUACUUCCCAAAAUUCUAGCAUUGUAUCACAUUGAAAGUGUAAUCCGUUCGCAAGAGGAAUAAUCACGCAGAUUUCAAAGUGCCCAAGUGUUCAAAGCCAUCUAACGUGGCUAGUAUUACGUAUACAAUACAUUCGUACAUUAUAUAUAUACAUAUAGAUAUAUAUACACAUGUAUAUAUAUUUAAAAUAUAUAUGCAAGAACCGGAUUGUUACUAGCCGUGUUAGAAAUGAAAUAGAGUGAGAGAAACUUGUACCAACUGUGACGCAUUUGAAGAAUGCGUGCCGUACAAAAAAAAUAAAAUCUGAAUAACAUUUGUAAUAAAUACGUACAUUGCCAAUGGUCCCAUGUAUCAUCUUUGCGAAAGAUAUAUACAUUGCAUUAAAUAUAUAUAUAUUAAAUAUGUACACUCGUGCAUGUGUGUAUUUUUGUAUGUACAUAUGUA